AUUGCUUUCGGUCCGGUCGAUCGUAAUAGUGUUGAAUAUUUGUAAUCGGAAACCAAGAUUAUUUACAAAAUCUUAUUUACAUGCAAAUGUGGAUUAGUUGUUGGAAUAAUGCCGUAGACGCAAAAUAAUAUUUACUUAUGUAUAAUCUUAAUUACGCAUGUGCAACACGAAAGAAUAGCUAGUUUAGUUUGUUGUAAUUGUAAUUUAAAAAAAAACAUGCAAGAACCAAACAGUGCCGAACAACAUUCGUAUAAUGCUGCAGCAAAUACUGCUGCAAACAAUGUGUUAUGGAAUCUAUCGGGACGUCAGACACCGAAUGCGCCAUCCUUGCCCACAUCACUGCCGCAGAGUAUGUUCGCUAAUCCGGCCUUACAACCGACCAGUGUUGUAAACCUCUCAAAUUCGACAGAUGUGGUUAUCGGUCCAAUGACCCAGUACCAGGGUCCAGUCACCAUUUACCAAUACAUGGACGCAACAGUGGAGUCACGAUCUAUGCAGGCAAACGGAGGUGGUGGAAUCAAUCAAACAAGAGCGAGCUCUACGAAUGUUUUCUCACAAAGACUCACAACCACAUCGAAACUACUCUCGAUUCUUAUUACCUUGGUACUAAUUGUAGCUGGAAUAAUAAUCUAUGUUGAGGUGACACGAGAAAAACCUAACCUACACCUGCCGCGAGGUCCCAUAUAUUUUGGCAACAAUUAUGAACACGAUACAUUUCCGAAUUUAGGAAAUGGUCACCUGGUAGUUGAUCGCUUACAAUGGGGAGCUUCUGAGUUGGCGAACAAACUGUCAGUGCCCUUGAUUCAUCCCAUUCCCUACGUGAUGAUAACCCAUAUUGGAGUUCAGUCAACACCCUGCUACACAAUUUAUAAGUGCUCAAUUAAAAUGCGUACCAUACAAGAUUCCGCAAUUGCCGAAAAAGGUCUUCCUGACAUACAAUCAAAUUUCUAUGUUGGUUCGGACGGUUACGUCUAUGUCGGACGUGGUUGGGAUUGGGCAAAUACAUACGCUAACAAUUCAUUGGCAAUCACAUUUAUGGGUGACUUUGGACGUUACCAACCGAACGACAAACAAAUCGAAGCCACACAAUAUUUAUUGGCACAUGCUUCUACCAACAAAUACAUUGAUUUAAAUUAUAAACUAGUGGCUCAAAAUCAGACACGGCAAUCAAAGAGUCCCGGAGCCAAUGUGUAUCGUAUAAUUAAGAACUGGCCACACUUUUAUCCCUGCAGCAUGGACGACAAUCCAAAGUGUGGCAGUGAACUGGGAAUGUCAUAUCCUUGGGAGGCAAAUAUGUAAUUUUAAACUAAUUAAUUAAUUAAUUAAUUAAUAAAACUAGACUUAAUAUGGAUUUGUUUAUUUUUCUUUUUGUUAUACAUAUUUACAUACAUCCAUUUACAUAAAUACAUAUGUACAUAUAGACAUAUAUAAAUAAGUAAAUAUGUACAAAUACACGUAUUAUUUUGUUAAUAAAAUAAAUUAGUUUUAAGCUUUUGAAGAA